AUGGCCAACCUCACCAUUGAGUCCCGCCAGUUCGAGCGCGAUCUCCGCCACAGCGCCAAGGAGCGAAAGCGCGUCAAGGACCACAAUACCAAGUGGCAGCAUGGCAGCCGCUUCCUCUCUGGUGUGGUGACUGAGGGCUUCUGGGACCAGGUCAAGCCUGUCAAGUACUCCAACGAUGCUCACAUUGCCAAGAUGAAGCCAGACAAGAGAUAUGUUGAUCGCUACCACUUCGCCCGCAAACCCACCGUCGGACAGAACAUUGUCAAGGGCCGCUCCAACUGGUACACUCCCGACUCGGUCAUCAAGAACAACCUCGCCAAAAACAUCAACGCUGCUGACCUUAACGACGUCAACGCUUCUACUAUUCCGACUUUAGCUCCACAAGACGAUGUACUGUACUCGUUUGACAGGCAUGACUCUCCCGACCGGCCGGUGACGCUGGAGGUUUUUGUCAAGGCUAGGAACACGCAGAAGGAGACGGAGAAGCUGGUGGAGAAGGAAUAUGAGGUUGUGGAUGGGAACGGGGAGGCGGUGAAGGGGAGGAAGGCGAAGAAGGUGUUGCGGAGCGGGACGAGUGAGAGACGGGAGGAGAAUGAGCCGGUGGUGGUGGAGGGGGGGUUUGAGCUUGUUUAA